CGCUGCGCCUGGAGGUGCUGCUGGAGCGGCCGCUGCGCGUCUUCCAUGUGCAGCUGGAGGUCACCGACAUCAACGACAAUGCCCCCAUGUUCCGUGAGGACGAAGAAGCCCUUAACAUCGCGGAAUCGUCUCUGCUGGGGUCUCGUUUCCCGCUGGAGGGCGCGUCGGAUGCGGAUAUCGGAGCGAACGCUCAGCUGACCUAUGCGCUCAGCCCUAGCGAGUAUUUCAGUCUUGAUCAUCAGGGGAAUAAUGACCAGAGCGCAACUUUGGCUCUUAUUUUAACGAAAUCUCUGGACCGGGAGACGAUUCCCGUGCACCGGUUGGUGCUGACGGCGACUGACGGGGGCCGGCCGUCUCUGACGGGGACAAUGGAGCUGGUGAUCUCGGUGGUGGAUGCAAACGACAAUGCGCCCCAGUUCAACCAAUCCGUUUAUAAAGUUAAAGCCUUAGAAGGUUCCGAGCUCGGAAGUCUGUUAGUCACGCUUAGUGCAACGGAUCCUGACGAAGGGAUCAAUAGUGAUAUUAUAUACUUAUUUGGUAGGCGUGCUAGUACACAAGUUAAAGAAAUGUUCACUAUCGACGAAAACAAAGGAGAGAUCAGACUACAAGGCAAAUUAGACUAUGAGGAAAUGAAUAUUUACGAGAUCCCUGUAGAAGCAAGGGAUAAAGGCUCCCCUCCUCUGUCGGGUCACUGCAAGGUGUUGCUGGAGGUGCUGGAUGUGAACGACAAUGCGCCGGAGGUGUGGGUGACGUCGCUGUCGGUGCCGGUGCCCGAGGACGCGUCGUUGGGGACGGUGGUGGCCCUGCUGAGCGUGUCGGACCGGGACUCGNGCGAAGUGGGCAGCUGGUCCUACUCGCAGCGCCACAGCCGCAGCCUGUGCGUGGCGGACGGCGCUGCCAAGAGCGACCUCAUGGUUUUCAGCCCCAACUUCCCUCCGCCGCCGCCCGAUGCUGCUGCAGAAAACUGUUCUGCUGGGAAGGGGCCGUCUGUCUCCCCACUUGCUUCAAGCAUGGUGUAUGUAAAUGCGUCUUUGAACGCCUUAUUUGAUGACUUAUCAGUCAAGCGUCAAGACGCGCUCCUGAGUUUUUAG